AUGCUGGCCCACGAUCUGUGCGCGAUGAUCCAGAAUGGAGCUCGCGGCAGGUUAAGAUCCGUACCCUUGCCUUUCACCAAACGAGCGAUCAAUCUCUCCUCUGUUCUUCUCAAGCACGGCUUCCUCUACAAUGUCACACUGGGAACUCAUGAAGGCCCAUCUCCCUCAUCCUGGCAUCAAGCAACCUCCGACUCUUCUCGAAAAAUCUGGCUGGAUAUCAAGUACGCAUCGGAUCAGUCUCCCGUCUUGCGUCAACUCAACGUCGUCUCCAAACCUAGCAAACGCAUCUUUGUGGAUGAAAAGGACUUGUUGUUGCUUUGUACGGGAAGGAGAGCUGCUUUCGUUCCCCCUUUUAAGACCGGCGAGAUUGGUAUUGUGGAUGCGGGCGAACAUGGCUGGUGCGAAGCUAGGGAAGCCAUAGAGAGGAAAUGGCAGGGAGAGCUGGUGGCUCGAGCAAUGUGGUGA